AUGGCGCCAAAGAGAAAGGCAAAUAGCUCUUUGAGUUCAAGUAAACAAAAGAAAGCUUCAAAUGGGAAAAAAAGUGCCAUAUUAUCUGUAGAAGAAAUACAAAACCUUGGGGAUCAAAUAUUGACCUCAUCGAAGCAUUAUAACAAUUUCGUACAAUUGUUGGAACAAUAUAAGCACAUCAAAAAAGAGCUAUCAGAAAGAGAAUCAGAAGAAGUUGAAACAGUAGGCCGUCAACUUUCUAUUACGCUAUACAAAUGUUUCCAAAACUUGCUCAAGAAUGACGUGAUGAAAAAUAAGAAAUCUCAUGAUGACAAGAAAAGGAUGGUGGUAAAAUGGCUUUCAGAUAAAUAUGACGCAUUCAAGACGAUUAUAAACGAGUUCAUUGUGCAAAAAUUGGCAUAUGAAACGUCCUUACAAGUUGACUUAUUAGAGAUAGGCUUAAACUUGGUAAAGUUGGAAAGUACAUGCAUGAAAUCAGGUGAGAAUGAUUUAUAUUUCCCUACAUUGACAUAUAAAGGAUUGGUGGAAGCAUUGUUAUUGAGUGAAAAUGGUGAAAUUGAUUCCAACGGAUCGACAGAAAACUUCAUCAUCUUGGAAUUCAUCGAGAAGUUUAAGAAGAAUUGGGACUUGCAGUUCUACUUUGUCAACAACUUGCAUGAAACAUUAAAUACAUGGAAAACAGAAAAGACUACUACACAACUAAGAAUGAUAUUUGCUAACUUUUACUGCAUAUUCAAGAACCAAUUAUUAUUUACACCUGAAGUGGAAGUUCUUGAACAAGAAAAAACGUGGAUUAAACAACAGCUUCCUUCAAUAGCAUACAAAAUAUCACAAUUUAAAAUGCAAUACCAAAAGUGUAUCAUUUCUGUGUUAUCAUACCCAUUAUUAAUUUCCCAAUACAAAUCAAUUUUACUUAUUUUGCACAAGAGGGUUAUUCCAUAUAUGGCUCAACCACAAAGUUUAAUGGAUUUCUUAACUGACUCAUACAAUGUUGGCGAGGAUGGUGUCAUUCCUAUUCUUGCGUUGAAUUCUUUGUACGAACUUAUGAAAAGAUACAACUUGGAAUAUCCUGAUUUUUACUCGAAGUUAUACUCGUUGUUGACACCCAACUUGUUGUAUACUCGUUACAGAUCCAGAUUCUUUAGAUUAUGUGACUUAUUUCUUUCCUCUACACACUUAUCUGCCAGCUUGAUUGCUUCUUUCAUUAAGAAAUUGGCUAGAUUAUCUAUAACGUCGAGUGCUUCAGGUGUUGUCAUAGUUAUUCCUUUCAUCUAUAACUUGUUAAAAAGGCAUCCUUCAUGUAUGAUUAUGUUGCAUAAUCCUGAUGUUUCUGCUGCUCAAUAUGAAGAUACCUUCGACAACAACGAGACGGAUCCUUUGAAAACUGGUGCUAUGGGUUCAUCCUUAUGGGAGUUGGAGGCUUUAAUGUCUCACUACCAUCCUAAUAUUGCUACUUUGGCUAAAAUAUUCGGUGAGCCGUUCAAAAAGCUUAACUACAACUUGGAAGAUUUCUUGGACUGGAGUUAUAUAUCUUUGUUAGAUAGUGAAAAGAACAGAAGAUACAAGACCCAUGUUGCUUUAGAAUUCGAGGAGUGGGAUAAAUUAUUCGAUGAUAAAGACAGAUCCGACAGUACUACAGUUUAUGCUAAAGGCUGGUGCUUGUGA